GGGAUUAAAUCAACACCGCUCAGGGAUUAAAUCCUUCCAGGCUCCGAGCAAACAGAGUGGGUCAGGCCUUGGCUAUAUAAGCACUGGCUAAAUGAUUAAUCUGGUGCAUGCGUUUGGUUUUCUCCCUAUUAUCGCAGUCGUACACUUUGCACUUAAAAGAGUGGGAGAUAACGUGUCUGCGUCAUGAAAGUGGAGGGCAGGCGUUAGUCCUUCGGAGCUACAGGUGUCUGCUUGUCGGAGCCUUCUUCACGACGCCCCGGAGCAAGCAUGCACAUAGGAACUGCGAUUGUAAUCACUGGCGUCGCAGCGCUGGCUGCCGCCUUGUGUUUGCUGCUCAUCGGCGUGGUGUAUUCGGAGGUGAUGAAUUCGGAUAUUCCUCCCGGAGUUGCUAAUCGCAGAAAGCUCCAUGUCGUGCACUGUGUUCUUGUGGGCAUAGCAGUCGGGGGCCGAGUCUUGGAACGCCUGGGUUUGUGUAGUCAGUUGGGUUUUACCCGAUGGUGGAUCGAUUUAGCUCAUAGCCGCAAACGGCUACCUCCGCCCGGGCUUCGCAUUAAGGACCUAAUGUUCAGCGGGGUGCCGGUGAGGGUGUACGAGCCCACCACGACCCCAUACCAGCGGAGGAGAGCCCUCCUGUACUUCCACGGUGGAGGCUGGGUCUUUGGGAGCAUAGAUUCUUACGAUGAGAUGUGUUGGCACAUUGUGAAAGAGACUGACACCACGGUUGUGUCCGUUGGCUACAGACUGGCCCCUGAGCACAGGUUCCCUGCUCAACUGGACGACUGUGAGGCCGCCACGUGUCACUUCCUGUCGGUGGCCCUGCGCGACUUCGGGGUGGACCCACGGCGGGUGGCGAUAGGCGGGGACAGUGCCGGAGGCAACCUGGCAGCCGCUCUCAGCCAGAGGCUGUUAAAGAGACGGGACGGACGCCUGCCGCCGCCCUGUGCCCAGGUCCUCGUCUACCCUGCGCUGCAGAUGGCAGACUUGAACCUGCCAUCCUACCAGCAGAACCACGCGGUGCCCAUGCUGUUCCGUGCCCGCAUGGCCUUUUACUUCCUCCAGUACCUCAACGGGGACACGUCCGUGUGUCAGGACGUGCUGGAAGGGAGGCAUGUCCCUGCCGAGCUAAGACCGCGCUUUAGGCGGUGGCUGGACCCGGCUGGCCUCCCGCCCGAGUUCCUGGGGCGAGGUCACCGGAGGCCACCGGCCGUGGCUUAUGAUGGCGAGGUGUAUCACGUGGUUAAAGAGGGCCUGCAGCCUGAGGUCUCCCCUCUGCUGGUCGAGGAUGAUGUUCUCCGCCUCUCCCCGCCCACUUUUGUCCUGACCUGUGAGUACGAUGUGCUGCGGGAUGAUGGUGUCCUGUUCCAGAAGCGGCUGAAGGAUCUGGGAGUGGAUGUCAUCUGGCACCAUGUCCCUGAUGGCUUCCACGGAAUAAUCAGCUUCUUUGGACAGGGCCCUUUGAACUUUCCCGCAGGCCAGAGAGCCAUGGAGCAAAUUGUGAACUACAUAAAGACACUGUAGAGCCUGCAAGUACUUUGAGUAAUAAUAAAUAAAUAUACUACCCAUCAUGCACCAUGACCGUGGUACCAUAACAAGCAGAUACCUCCAAAUGUGGAGACAUUAUGUAAAUAACAUGCAUAAGAGACAUAAACAUUGAACAGACGAGGAGUAGUGGCUCUCUCUGACGGAGGAUGCUGGGGUGAUGUUGUGCUCCGCUGGCAGAGUGCUAAACGCAAGAAGAAACCUGCCAGACAAAAACAAAAACAUAACAAACAAGGUUAUAAUAUGUCUGUAAUUCAGUUUAAUCAAAUCCCUUGUCACACUGAUUUUUCUGUCAAUGAACAUAUGGUGACACAAAUGAGUUGUGUGAUUAAU